CCUAAAACUUCCUUUCUCUAACUUUCCCCUCUCUCCCUCUCUCCCAAUUCUCUAAUCCCCCGGCCGGUCUUUCCCUCUCUAUACCUCCUCCCUCUUCUUCUCCACCAGAUAAUUAAAAAAAAAGAGGGAAGAAGGGAAUUCCGGCUCGGUGGCGCCGCCAGUGCACCGCCGCUGUUCAAAGCCUGGUUAGUUGAAUUUGAGAAUCAAAAAUUCAAAAAAAAAAACAUAUAGUCUCUCGCCAGAAAUAAAAUUUCUGAUUCCAUCGAAAUUCGCGUCAAUUUCGUACAUCGCAGCGCACAGCGCUCAGCCCCACCCAUCUCUGUCACACUGUGGCGGACGACUGACGAACCCUAGCGGUCCUAAUUUCUCCCGGGGCGUUGUUUGGCUGUUUCGAUUUCAAAUCGACAAGGAAGAAGAGGAGGAGGAGGAGAGGGGUUUUCUCCGCGAGGAAGAUGCUUUGGGUGAUGAAAUUCUCGUGGUUCUUCUCCGCUGCAAUGGCGAUGAUUGUUCUCUCCCCGUCGCUGCAGUCCUUCCCCCCCGCCGAGGCCAUUAGAUCAUCCUCCCUCGACUCCUACCUUCGAUUUCAAGGUCAGAUUUCUCCCGGCGCAACUCUCGACCGGUUCUCCUUCCGGAAAGCGCCGCUGUUUCGUAAUUCCGGCGGAUGCAACUCCACCGCGGUGGAAACCUACGUCUGCGAUCCAUCUCUCGUUCACGUCGCGAUUACUCUGGACACGGAGUAUCUCCGGGGUUCAAUUGCGGCCGUGCAUUCGGUUCUACAGCAUUCCAGAUGCCCGGAGAGCGUUUUCUUCCACUUCCUGGUCUCAGAGACGAAUCUGGAGGGCCUGGUGAGAUCCACCUUCCCUCAAUUGAAGUUCAAGGUGUAUUACUUCGAUCCAGAGAGAGUCCGGAGUCUCAUCUCGACUUCCGUCCGGCAGGCGCUGGAGGUUCCCCUGAACUACGCCCGGAAUUACCUGGCGGACAUGCUCGAGCCGUGCGUGCGCAGAGUCAUCUACUUGGAUUCUGAUCUCGUCGUGGUCGACGAUAUCUCCAAGCUAUGGACUACGAAUUUGGGGCCGAACACCAUCGGAGCUCCGGAGUACUGCCACGCCAACUUCACCAAGUACUUCACCUCCAAUUUCUGGUCUGACCGGAGGUUGUACUCCACAUUCGCCGGCCGGAAUCCGUGCUACUUCAACACGGGGGUUAUGGUCAUCGAUCUGGAGAAAUGGAGGCGGGUGGGGUACACAAGGCAUAUAGAGAGGUGGAUGGAGAUUCAGAAGACGAGGAGGAUCUACGAAUUGGGCUCCCUUCCGCCGUUCCUGUUGGUGUUUGCCGGAGAUGUGGCCCCCAUUGAGCACAGGUGGAACCAGCACGGUUUGGGUGGGGACAAUGUGAGGGGAAGCUGCCGCAACCUCCACCCAGGUCCGGUGAGUCUCCUACACUGGAGCGGCAGCGGCAAGCCCUGGUUGAGGCUGGAUUCCCGGAAGCCAUGUCCGCUAGACUCUCUAUGGGCACCUUACGACCUCUAUGGACAUUCUACCUGAACCAUUCGCGGUCGUCCCUCCCCUUUGUCUCGCCGGUAAAUUCAUACUCUCUCUAGUUUUGCCCUUUCGGAUUUCACCCCGUCGAUGCUCUCAUUCCUCCUCCAUUAAUUUUUUUAUCAUCAGAGCUUUCUUUUAGUUCAAAAAAUUUCAAAUUUGUUCUCCCCUCUCCCCCUUUUUCUUGAAUUUUUUGUUUGUAUGGUCUUCGGAUUAACAUAUAGCAUCAUUACAUGUUGUGAUCCCAUCAGAGGAGAUUUGUAUUCUAUUUGCCACUCUGCUCUCUGAAAUAAAAAAUGUGAAAUUCAUUU